CCAGCAUUAAACUCAUUCAAAGUAAAGCUUUAAACAAAGAGAGGCCAUAAAAGUCAUUCGGUGAGACAUGGCAACUUUUGAAAGAACACAUUGUGUUCUCAAUCAUGUUCUCUUUCAUAUAAUGUUAGUAUUGAUGUUCUUGCUUUCACGGAAAAUCACAGCUUCUCCAACAACAGAAGCUGAAGUCCUUGUGAAAUGGAAAAACAGCCUGCUAUACACUCCUUUUCUAAAUUCAUGGUCCCUCUCCAAUAUUCACAACCUUUGCAGUAGUUGGGAUGCCGUUGUUUGCGACAAAUCAACAAACACAAGUGUCUCAGAGAUAUACCUUUCUGGUUUCGAUCUCAGUGGCACCCUUCAUGGCUUGGAUUUUGCUUCCCUACCAAACCUGACUCACCUUGACCUCAAUGAUAACAGCUUUAUUGGGUCAAUACCACCUCAAAUUGGCAGCCUCUCCAAACUCAUUUUCUUGGACUUUGGAAGCAACAACUUUUCAGGGACAGUGCCAUAUGAGAUAGGACAUUUAAGGGAACUCGAAUAUCUCAGCUUCUACGACAACAGUUUCAAUGGUGCUAUUCCCAAUCAGGUCAUACGUCUCCCAAAGGUAUGGUACCUUGACUUUGGAGCAAACUACUUUGCAUCUCCUACUCACUGGUCUGACUAUUCAUGCAUGCCUUCCUUAACAUACCUUGACUUGUCUUACAAUUCAUUCACUCCCGAAUUCCCAAGUUUCAUAAUGAAGUGCCACAACUUGACUUUUCUAGAUCUCUCUUUCAACUAUUUUAAUGGCACAAUACCAGAAUCAUUGUAUACCAAUUUGGCCAAGCUUCAAUACCUGAACCUCACAGGUUGUGGGAUGGAAGGACCAUUGUCGUCCAACUUGUCCAAGCUCUCAAACCUCAAAGAGCUUCGUAUGGGUGGCAACAACUUCACUGGUCCUAUUCCCAAAGAAAUAGGAUUCAUAGCUGGGCUUCAAAUUCUGGAUUUGCAUAACAUUUCAGCCCGCGGGGAAAUUCCAUCAUCCCUAGGCCAACUCAUGCAGCUAAGACGUCUUGAUCUAAGUAUUAAUUUUUUGAACUCUUCAAUCCCUUUGGAACUUAGCUCAUGCAUUCAUCUAACCUACGUAGACUUAUCAAGCAAUAAUCUAGCAGGUCCCUUGCCUAUUUCGUUCUCGAAUUUGACCAAGCUCUCUGAAUUGGGAUUAUCAUAUAAUUCCAUUUCUGGUCAACUCUCUGCCUCACUAAUUUCUAAUUGGACUGAGUUGAUAAGUCUGCAACUCCAACAAAACUUGUUGACAGGAAAGGUCCCCCCAGAAAUUGGUCUGUUAAAGAAAAUCGAGUACCUCUUUUUGUACGGCAAUGAAUUUUCUGGUCCCAUUCCUAAAGAGAUUGGAAGCAUGAGGGAAAUGAUAAAUUUAGACUUUUCUGAAAACCAUUUUUCUGGUACAAUUCCCUCAACAAUUUCGAAUCUUACAAACAUUGAACUGAUGAAUCUUUUCAUGAAUGAGCUCACUGGAACCAUACCCAGAGAAAUAGGGAACCUCAAGUCACUGGAACUCUUUGAUGCCAACAGUAAUAAUUUGGAGGGAGAGUUGCCGAACAGCAUAGCUCAACUAACUGCUUUAGAAUACUUUUCUGUGUUCUCCAACAACUUGUCAGGCAGCGUCACCAGAGAUUUUGGGAAGUACAGUCCUAAUUUAAGUACUGUUUAUCUUUCUAACAACAACUUCUCAGGACUACUGCCACCUGACUUGUGCAGUGGCAUGAAGCUAUCUGGUUUGACAGUCAGUAACAACAGCUUUUCGGGGAUUUUUCCAAAGUCCUUGAGAAAUUGUUCAACACUAACUAUAAUAAGGCUUGAUGACAAUCAUUUCUCUGGAAACAUCACAGAAGCACUAGGGGUUUAUCCAAGUCUUGGUUUUCUAGACCUGCGCUCUAAUGAAUUCACGGGAAAUAUACCCCAUAGAUUUUUCAGAUUGGCUAAUCUUACCUUCCUUGAUUUAUCUAAUAACAACUUGAGUGGAAGCAUUCCUAAUGACUGUGAAACAUUCAAUGCAAGCUCUCUUGAAAUUCUCAACUUGUCUCACAACAACUUGACAGGAACAAUUCCACAAUGUUUGGCAACCUUACCCUCUCUCACAGUUUUGGAUUUGCAAAGGAACAACCUUUAUGGAACCUUACCAGGAAGCUUCUCUAAAGGUAAUGUUUUAUUUACUAUAAAAUUGAAUGGCAACCUCUUGGAGGGACCGUUACCCAAGUCUCUGGCCCACUGCACAAAACUACAAGUUCUGGACGUUGGAGAAAAUAGCAUAGAGGACACAUUUCCUAGUUGGCUAGGAUUGCUUCAAGAGCUACAGGUACUCAUUUUACGAGCAAAUAAAUUUUAUGGUACCUUCAGUAACUCCUCCAACAUUACAGAUGCACAUGCAUUUCCAAAGUUGAGAGUUUUUGAUGUCUCCAACAACUAUUUUAGUGGGUCCUUGCCAGUAUCAUUCUUGAAGAACUUUCAAGGAAUGAUGAAUGUCAAUUACACUCAAACUGGGUUGCAAUAUAUGAGUGCCAAUUAUUCUGGCUAUCGAUCAUAUUUUGCUUCAAUAGUGGUCAACAUGAAAGAUCACUCAGUAGAACUAGUGAAAAUAUUGAUGACUUUUACAACUAUAGACUUGUCAAAUAACUUACUUGAGGGUGAAAUUCCACAAGUAAUUGGAGAAUUAGAUUCUCUCAAAGGGCUCAAUCUCUCACAUAAUGGAAUAACUGGCACCAUCCCACAAACUUUGGGUAACUUGAGAAAUUUGGAAUGGCUGGACCUCUCAUGGAAUCAGAUCAGGGGAGAGAUUCCUUUGGCCUUAAUAAAUUUGAAUUUUCUCUCGGUCUUAAAUGUUUCACAAAAUCAAUUAGAGGGAACUAUACCUACAGGUGGCCAAUUCAACACAUUUCAAAAUGACUCCUAUGUGGGAAAUGCAAUGUUAUGUGGACUCCCUUUGUCAAAAUCAUGCAGUGGUGCCAAUGAUGACAACGGAUAUACCUCAUCAUCUAUGACAUUUGAGGAUGAAGAAACAUUUGGAUUUGGCUGGAAAUUUGUUGCAGUGGGAUAUGCAUGUGGAGUGGUGGUUGGAGUGCUCUUAGGAUGUUACCUUUUCCACACUGGGAAGCCACAAUGGCUUGCAAGGCUUUUAGGUAUCCGUAUACCAAAUAAGAGAGUCAAAAGGAAAAACAACAAAAACAGAGUGCAUGUAAAUCAUAGAAGAAUGAAUUAGAAUAGUUAUUUUAUUUUCCUUUUUAUUAACAUGUCUGGGAAAUAAAGCCUAAUCGAGAGUGAUUU